AGAGUUAUCAAGGCGAAAAAUCAAAAUUGCUUUGCUGGUAUAGACGCAGACAGGCUUAAGCUAUGGAAAGUAGGAAUUCCUAUCAAACAACAGAGUCCUGAAUUAACCGCCGUCAGUAAUUUUAGCGUCAACAUUAAGGAGGAGCUUGGUGGUGUUGAGUUAUCACCAUUUGAUGACAUAUCAGAACACUUUGAUGACGAUUCCAAAAAACCCGUUAAAAAGAACCUGCACAUUAUUGUUCAACCGCUAAUUGAAGACAGCAAAGAGGUUCAUUGCACUGCAUCUUACGGCAACCGUAAUAACAAAAUAACUUUUCAAUGGACAGUUACCCGAGAAAUGGUGACUUUGGCAGGUUUGAAGAAAAGACUCUGUGAAUAUUUUACGUUUCCCGAUUGGACAGAAUCCGAACAUCUUGUCAUAAGUCGUGUUGUUGGCAAAAGAUUUGGUACGAAAUCGAAAUCUAGUUCAAGUAAAACCAUUCAUAUAUCUACCGAUGAGGAUUUAGCUAGUAUUAUUUGGACUCCUGCACCUAAAAUGGAUUUGAAAAUAGUCGUAGAUACACGUGAGUUGUUGUUCAUAAAUUUAUUUGGUUCGUCAGAUAUUCAUUAA